AUCGAGGGUGUAUUUACAGAGACUGAACUGAAUAACUUUCCAAAUUUGAAGAACCGUUUGGAUGAAAUGAGAAGAGAGAUAGAGAGUGGGCCGUAGAGUUUUUUUAGUGUUCAGGUAUCUAAAAUAGCUAGAAAAUAGAGUGACUAGAGGUUGCUGUAAGAGUGGCUUUCGGACCCUUCGGUGAACUGGUCACCGGGUUUUCGUCAAUGAAGAACAACAGCUUAAUGUUCCUUGCUAGAAGAGUAUUAAGGAUCAAUCAUAGCUCACCAACUUCAAAUUGGCGGCGUUAUUGGUCAACCCCCUCAACUUCCUCUCCUUCCACCAACAGUAAAUUAUUUGUUGCGGGUUUGUCAUGGUCGGUGGAUGAGAAGUCAUUGAAGGAUGCUUUCUCUUCUUUCGGGGAUGUCACUGAAGUGAGGAUAAUGUACGAUAAGGAAACUGGUAGGUCAAGAGGUUUUGGGUUUGUUUCUUUUUCGAAAGAAGAUGAUGCCAGUAGUGCGAAAGACUCCAUGGAUGGAAAGGCAUUUUUAGGUCGGCCAUUGAGGAUUAGCUUUGCUCUUGAAAAAGUCCGUGGUGCACCUGUUGUAGUCCCUCGAAUUACAAGCAUUGAAGAUGCUGCUGCUCGGAAGAAUUGAGUUCCUUGCCCAAUAUUGGAAACCUUGUGGCGACUGUGAGGAAUGAUAGUUUGUGAAUGUCAAUAGCAACCUUUCUGAUGGAAGUGAAAUUAUGGAAGUCGACGUACCAAACCUGGUGCCCUUAUUUAGUAAUACAUUCAAUGGGUAUAGGCUACAGUGUUGAGAAAAUGAGGUCCUUAAAUGGUUUACAUAUUGUGGUACUGGGAUUUUUUGAAUAUCCGUCUAUGAUGAUUAUUGUUUUCUUUUCUUUAUUGGAUUAGCUUACCUAUAUUAUUGUUCAUCAGCAAUGCAACG